CCCAUACCAUUUAUGCCUCCAACAUAGUAGCUGUGUUUUCUUUGACAACGCCCAUCAGAACUAGAAACAAAUACUUUUAGCUCAAAUAUCCCUUUGCUAAUAUGAUGAAUAUGGAACUGAAGUAUUCAUCUUAUGGUUUCUAUAAUGGUUCCACAAACAUCACUCCUGAAGAUGGCGAGUAUCAAUCAAAAGUACUUCCACAUGCACGCAGUAAUGAAGAACAUAGCUAUGAUGACAUGAAGGGUAAAUCAGGCUUAGGAAAUCUCAGUUUUUACAACCUGUCAAAACUCAUUCUCCCUCCUUUAGGUUCCUCUGGUUAUAACCAGAAUCAGAAUCAGAAAGGCAACACUAUUUCUCCUAUGACUUCAAGAUACAGGUGGUGGGAGACAGUAAUGGUGCUACUGGUGGCCUAUUGUGCAUGGGUAUGUCCAUUUGAGAUAGCGUUCAUGAAGUCCAAUACAAACAAGGAAUUAUACAUAGCAGAUAAUAUUGUCAAUCUCUUUUUUGCGGCUGAUAUCAUCUUGACAUUCUUUGUUGCCUAUAUCGAUCCAACCACUCAACUUCUAGUUCGCGAUCCAAGAAAAAUUGCCACCAGAUACCUAUCGACAUGGUUUCUAAUGGAUGUGGCAUCCACCAUUCCAUUUGAGGCUCUUUCCUUGUUGUUCACUGGCAAACAUCAAAUUGGUGUUUCUUACUCCAUUUUAGGAAUGCUCAGAUUUUGGCGACUUCGCAAGGUUAAGCAAUUCUUUACCAGACUUGAAAAGGACAUGAGAUUCAGCUAUUUUUGGGUCAGAUGUGCAAGGCUUCUGUUUGUAACACUGUUUUCAGUGCACUGUGCUGGAUGUCUCUACUACUUGUUAGCUGACAGAAAUCCCCACCAAGGAAAUACUUGGUUAGGAUCUGUGAAUCCAAAUUUCAGAGAAACAAGCCUUUGGAUUAGGUACAUUUCUGCAAUGUAUUGGUCUAUCACCACUAUGACCACAGUUGGCUAUGGUGAUCUCCAUGCUGUCAAUACUGUGGAAAUGAUCUUCAUUAUUUUCUACAUGCUCUUCAAUCUUGGCCUCACUGCUUACAUUAUUGGUAACAUGACCAAUUUAGUCGUUGAAGGAACUCGUCGUACCAUGGAAUUUAGAAAUAGCAUCCAAUCAGCAUCAAACUUUGUUUGUCGAAAUCGCUUGCCCCCAAGACUGAAGGAGCAAAUACUGGCUUACAUGUGUUUAAGAUUCAAGGCAGAGAGCUUAAACCAGCAGCAACUGAUUGAACAACUUCCCAAGACGAUAUGCAAGAGUAUCCGACAACAUUUAUUUCUGCCAACUGUUGAAAAGGUCUAUCUUUUCAAGGGUGUCUCGAGGGAAAUUCUCUUACACUUGGUUGCAGAUAUGAAGGCCGAAUAUAUACCCCCAAGGGAGGAUGUUAUAAUGCAGAAUGAAUCGCCAGAUGAGGUUUACAUCAUAGUGUCAGGGGAGGUGGAAAUGAUUGAUAGUGAGAUGAAGAAUGAGCAGAUUGUUUGGACAUUGAAAUCUGGGGACAUGUUGGGAGAAGUUGGGGCAUUUUGCUGUAGGCCCCAGAGCUAUACGUAUCGAACCAGGACACUUUCGCAACUCUUGAAGAUAAGAACAACUUGUUUGAUUGAAGCAAUGAAGAGCAGGCAAGAAGAUAAUGUCACCAUGAUGAAGAAUUUCCUUCAGCAUCACAAGAAGCUCAAGGAUUUAAGACUUGUAGACUUGUUCCUUGAAGUUGGGGAAGAAGAUAGCGAUCCGAACAUGUCCAUCAAUUUGCUUACUGUUGCCAGUACAGGCAAUGCUGCUUUUCUUGAUGAGCUUCUCAAGGCAAGAUUAGACCAUGAUAUUGGAGACUCUAAAGGAAGAACCCCACUGCAUAUAGCAGCAUCGAAAGGGCACGAAGAAUGUGUAAUGGUGCUUCUCAGACAUGGAUGUAACAUACACUUGCAAGAUGUAAAUGGCAACACAGCGUUAUGGGAAGCUAUAGCAGCAAAACACCAUCCCAUAUUUGAAAUCCUGUACCAUUGGGCUUCCAUUUCCGAUCCCUAUGUUGCUGGUGACCUCUUAUGUACAGCAGCUCGGAAAAAUGAUUUAACAAUUAUGAAGGAACUCCUAAAACAUGGAUUACUUGUUGACUCAAAAGACCGCCAUGGAUCAACUCCUAUACAUGUUGCAACAGAAGAAAAUCACGUAGAGAUGGUAAAGCUUCUUCUAAUAAACGGAGCUGAGAUUGAUGAUACAUUGAAGUACAAGCUUUCAUCAAUGAACCUAAGCGAAAUGCUGCAAAAACGAGAAGUUGGACAUAGGAUAAUUGUAUCCGAUGCAACGGAUGAAUUUGAUCGUAAGUGGUGUGAACAAGAGCAGAAGUAUGGCUCUGAAAGUUGUGAUCAACGUUCUUUUAGAGUUAGCAUAUACAGAGGUCAUCCUGAGGUCAGAAGAAGAAGCCAUUGCAGUGAACCUGGGAGGUUAAUUAGGCUUCCAAAUUCACUUGAAGAACUCAAGAACACUGCAGGUCAGAAGUUUGGAUGUGAUGCAAAAGAUGCCCUGGUGACAGAUGAACAAGGAGCAGAAAUUGACUCUAUCGAAGUCAUAAGGGAUAAUGAUAAGCUUUUUAUAGUUGAAGAUAUUAUGUAGUAUUACCUGUUCUACUUAUUUUUAAGUCUCUGUAUAAUAUAUACACAGAACUAGCUAUAUAUAAAAUUCAAGAAAACAUCUUUCUGGUA